AGUGUUAACUGCAAUCUUGCGCUCUGCUAAUAUUUACCACAUUUAAGCGACUUAAUGAUGAUAAUGGAAGACGUAUUAAUUCCAGACAUUGCGAGCAUCGCUCGAUUCACCAGAAAAACCAUUGAUCGAUUCGUAUCUCUGACGGAGGCCAUUGCUGACACAGAUGAGGGAUUGCGAUGUUUUGUAAACACCUCUAAGGUUGCUGUUUGUCGGACAGUCAUGACGGAGCUAGCUACUAAGACCUUGGAUUUUGAUGGCUUGUUUGACAUUCUGGAGAAGGUUACUUUGGCAUUGGUAGCAGAUGACCUGUCAUGCCCCUGCAAAACGAACGAGUUACCAAAACUGACUCGCCUUCAGAAAGAAGACCUACUAAAGUUCGAGACGUUCAACAAAGUCUCGGUAAAGGAACUGAAGCGUAAGGUGACACUUCUGAACUUUUUGAUCAAGAAACACAAGCAAACUGUGGCAAAUGACGAGAAAUUCAGACAGAAGAACAUCAAAUACGAGAAGAAGCUGACGGCCAUCCUGUACCGUCUCCACGGCAACACACCAAUGAAGUCAAGAGAGCUGUCAGCCUUACAGAAGAAGCGCGACAAGGCACAGAAAGACUUCAACAAGAUCAGGAAUGCCCGUCGUAUCAACAACGGCGUGGAACAGGGCAUCAGGGAGAAAAUCAAAACCGCAAGUGACGAUGUCGUGUCGAACAUCACAAACCAGAUCGUCGAUCGCCUUGACUACGGCCUGGAAGGCUGCCUGUAUGACGUCCUAGACACUUUGAAACAGAACCAAGUGAGACGGAAAUUGAUAGAACUGACCAAACACAUUAACAAGAACGAGAUGGCUGACCGAUUGGUGAGGCACUGUUCAGAGACCUACCUCAUGAGGGUCAACGUCCAGCCGGAGAGCGCCAAAAAUGAUCUUUCGCUGACUGACAUCUCAAGCAGCGCCGGAAGUAUUGGUGAGUCGACAAUUGUGGAGGAGAUUCAGCUUGACACCACAACCGGGGAAAUUAGUACAGCAUAUCCGGCGUGUGGUGGAACCAGUUCCGGUGAAAUCAGCCACGACACCGGCUACUGUACUGGAGAUGAUUGGAACACAUACACCAUGGGUUUCACAGAACGUCACAUGGAAGAAGUCAGUGUAAAAGUCAAAACGGAGCCGGACAGGUGGCUUCCCGGAUUUCUAGACAUUCAAAGAGGGAUGGAGUUCAAGCGGACCGCCCACGGGGACGAAGCUGUAGCGUUCGGGUAUUACAGAGCCAGCAGGAAGGCACAGAGACAGUGGGGGUUCUACUUCGUCGAUUCUACACUAAGCCUCAUGGAACUCUACCGCCGGGACCGCGACUAAAUGGGCAGCGAACUCGCGGAUUACCAGCAUUUCUAAACGGAUAAAGAAGAAUUCAAAGCCGAUAUAAGAAAUAUAUAUUAAAUAUGUAUUAUUACGAAAAGUAAUGCAAACCCAUUUAAGUUUCAAGGACAAAACAAUGGAUAAUAUAAGCAUUCGAAUAAAAUACUGGAACAUUAUCAGCUUAAAACAAAUCAGAAAAAAAAUGGACGAAGGUCAUAUGUGCCAAAGUUCUAAGGAACGAAGACCCGGAGUUAUAGAUUUUCGAUAUUCUAACGGAAUAAAAGCGUGAUAAACAUAUGUUGUUUGUAGGCGACAGAAACUCUGAUAUGUUACCGAGGUUAUAUUCUAUGUGAGCAACAGAAACUCUGAUAUGUUACUGAGGUCAUAUGCUAUGUGAGCGACAGAAACUCUAGGAACGAAGACCCGGAGAAAUAGAUUUUCGAUAGUCUAACGGAAUAAAAGCGUGAUAAACAUAUCUGCAAUGUUGUUUGCAGGCGACAGAAACUCUGAUAUGUUACCGAGGUCAUAUUGUAUGUGAGCGACAGAAACAAACUCUGAUAUGUUACUGAGGUCAUAUUCUAUGUGAGCGACACAAACUCUGAUAUGUUACCGAGGUAAUAUUCUAUGUGAGCGCAGACGCACGCUAACAGCUACUAGGAAUAUGACGUAAGUACCAAUGUCAAUAACCAUCGAUGGGCCGGGAUCCGUGUUUGUGGAAAUAAACAUGGCACAGUCAGGUGGCCAGCGAGUCAUCGCACGCUUCGACACAAGUUCACCGAGAGAUGAUGCAUGUAGUGUGUAUGCCAUUCCCAUGUAACACAACCUAUAUAAUGUGGAUAACUGAUGAUUGAGUUAAUCUGACCUAAUAUUAGUUUUCUAAUACAGUGUUUUAAUUCAUUAUUCCUUUUUUCCAUUCAUCUUGACAUCAAAAUAUUACCAAGGUAAUUAUAGCAAGGCUGUGUAAUACAGAUUGUAUACAAAGUAAAUAAUUUCGAAAAAGAUCCAUGCAACGGAUCCUUUUGAUAUAAAACAUUUACUGACAUUUGUCAAUAUCUAGUGAAAAUACUAAUUGUAAGUUAUUGUUCUAUGAUAAAUGUAAUGAUUCUCAAUAAAGAGGUUCAG